AUGGUUGAUAGCAAGAACAAUCUUAAUCAGAAGGACGUUCCGCGACCUCCUGCAUUAUCAACACCUCAGCUAUCUCGAAAAUUUCAACGACAAAGUGUACUACCUGAUGAGCAUCAACAACAAAGCAUACCACCCGAACACGACGAAACGCAGGAACUUCUGCGGCGAAUCCUCGAGACACUACAAGAUUCAAGUAUCGCGGAAAAAGGAGACAAGGACGUACGGAGCAGGUUCUGGGCGAAUUACGACCAAGUUUCCAAAGAGGAAGAGGACAAGUUCAUAGAGCGGACCAACAUCGAUCUGCAGAUUGUGCUUCUUUGCUCUGGUCUGAUCUCUGCUAUCGACGUAGCUUUUAUCAUUGCCAUGCAGCCCGGCUCCACGACCACCGUGCUCAUUCAAAAUACCUCCCAAGAUGUGACUGUCUCAUCUUUGAUUGCACCAAGCGUGAAGGUGCCCGACGGCACUUGGUUUCAGGGUUUGGCAUAUGUUGCAUUGUCGCUCAGUCUUCUGGCUGCUCUCGGUGCUUUACUCGGCAAGCAGUGGAUCAGCCAUUAUAAAUCGAACGAUGUUCAUGGUUCCCUCGAAAAACGCGGAAAGUACAGACAACAGAAGUCAGAUGGGUUGGAAGCAUGGCAUUUUCAUGCUGUGCUGCAAUCGUUUCCCAUUUUACUGCAAAUCUCGCUCCUUUUAUUUGGGGUUGCUAUCUCAGCCUUCGUAUGGUCUCAGCAGGGAAAAUUAGCCAUCGUUGUCGUCGCUUCGAUGGCGUUCGGCGUUUUUUUUUACUGGUUCAUCAUCGUCGCCUCCUUACGAUCUCCACAGUGUCCUUUCCAAACUCCUAUUUCAAUAGUUAUCCGCAUGCUCUACAGGCGCAUAUACACGUACGUCAAGGACUGGCGUGGCGAGGUGUCGCUGCCACCUGAUCCAGAAGAGUUCGAGGAGUCACUCUCUGACGUACCGUCGAUGAAGUGGAUAUUCGAAUCAUCCGCAGAUCCAGAGGUGAUCAGUUCGGUCGCUUGGCUGGUGCCUUCCGUCAAAUGGACCCCCGAACUGCACAUGCGAACUAUAUCCUUGCGCUUGCUGAGCACAUUCAAAGCGUGCUUUCCCGCUGGUGCCUGGACCUUUUCGGCACGCCGAAGAGCCCUUGCGUGCGGAAGAGCCUUGCAUCACCUAGUGUGUGAUGAAAGUAUAGGGAAGGAUGUUCUCCCCGAUAUGGCGCACUUUGAUGCAUGGCCGUUAGAGAUGUGGUCUCGCUGGCAAGGCCUCAGUCUUCCCUGGGGACUUGAGAGGUGUAAAGAGAUUUUUGCCCAGUACGCCACAACUCUAGAUGAAGGUCAUGAUACUAGUGAAGCACGCGAUGCCUUGCGCCUCGCUAUCGUGACUGGCUGCCCAGGAUUUUUGCAGCCAACCGACGUUGCAUUGAUCUGGGAUGGUGUUUUCGACUGGAAGGACGACCCGCGUACUACACAAGACUUUGAUUGGCUCGUGGACUUCCUGGUACACUUCCGCAAGUCCGAAACGAGGGACUUCGAUGCCAUGGGAGAUGCGCUGCUCGCAUUGAGUGCCAUGCGGGAUCUGGGAAGUGACAGCAGACGAGACAAUUACCUUGACUCCAUCAUCUUUGCCAUGGAAGCAGAUAAACCAUCCCGGCUUCGUCACACGGCCCUUCGAGCUAUGUUCGAUGCCCGUUUUAAACUAGUGGAGAUGGUUGACAAGGAGGAGAGAGAAUUUCGGGAGAAGUUAUUAGGUGAACUUGCACCAGCUCUGCUCAACGCAACCAAACCUAUUGCGCCGCAGCGAUUUGAUGAUGAACCGGACGCUGUCUUCAAUCCCAGACGUGACGACUACUAUCUACGACUCAUUUUCACUCUGGCAAAGCAAAGUGAUUGGCGUGCUCACUUAGAGAGAGCCGGUCACAUAGAACGAUGCACAUCUCUGCUAGGUCACGUCAUCAGGAACAGUUCAUCGACGUCGCUUGUCACAUCUCAUUCUUACUAUCUUGCAGCCAUAUUGAUACGGAUGAACUCCUCGGGGGGUUAUCGAAGCUCGUUGAGGGCAGCUACCCAGGCCUCUGCUCUGGACACGGAACCUACGAACAUGGAAGAAUACCGUCCCACUACAAACCUUGUAGCCACACUGCCCGCAGCCCCAGAGGCUCCUACUCCACUGGGCUUUCCGGACAAUAUAUCCGAGCAGGAAUGGUGGAAGCUGCUCAAAAGAGCAUGGUGGGCGAUGCGUUGGAAUGACCUCCACCAUGAGGCAGAAGCAGUUGAGGCACUGCCCAGCAUUGUCACGUACACUCUCGAUCUCCUGGAAACCCCGAGUGCUCGAUAUGAUGCGGGGAGUCUUGUUCGAUCGGUGGAUCGAAUAUAUGAGGCGCUUGACGAUAGUAAAGCGAAGUUGGAAAUGAAACGCCUACAGGACGCGCUGGGAAAUAGGGCAUAG